AACAAAUACUAGUAUGGAAUAACAAAGCAGAGGGAGAGGGAGAGGGAGAGAGAAUGGCGAAAGCUCAGAAAUCAUCAAAUUUAGCGGAGGAUCUACACACCGCCGCAAGGUCAGGCGACCUCGUCGCCGUGCAGUCAAUAUGCAGCUCCAAUCCCUUGGCAAUCAACUCUAGAGAUAAGCACUCCCGAACACCACUACAUUUAGCAGCAUGGUCUGGACAGGCACAGGUGGUAAGCUAUCUGUGCAAGAAAAAGGCAGAUGUUGGUGCCGCUGCUAUGGAUGACAUGGGCGCAAUUCACUUUGCCUCCCAGAAGGGUCAUUUAGAAGUUGUCAGAAUACUCGUUUCAUGCGGGAUCUCUGUCAAAGCUUCCAAUCGCAAGGGCAUGACGGCUCUUCACUAUGCUGUUCAAGGGUCUCAUUUGGAACUAGCCAAGUACUUGGUAAAGAAAGGCUCAAGUCUUAGUGCCAAGACAAAAGCAGGCAAAACCCCUCUUGAUCUUGCAAACAGUGAGGAAGUCUGCUCAUUUUUGGCAGAAUGUGAGAAGCAAACUGACAAAGGAGAUUUGAAUGGCAAAAAGAAAGCGGAUGAAGAUCAUUUGCAAUCAUCGUUGCAGGAAAAAGCAGAGGGUUCUGAAGGAGAAAUUGCUGGAAAUAGGCCUGAAGAAGAAGGUGAAGAAAAUGAGGAGGAUGAAUCGAUCAAGAGGAAGGCCGAUGACAAUAUCAAAGAAAACUCAACAAAGCCGAAGAAGGCAAAGAUUUCUCUUAAUCACCUUUUAGCCUCAGAUGACACACAAGAAGAGGAAGAAAUAGUGUAGAAUUAGGGUUUUACUGAUGCUUGUGUUGUUGCUAUAUAGCAUUGCCUUCAGAUUGGAAAAAUGACUUCAUUCAGAUGUAGCUUUCCGCUAACAUUAACAUUAGCCUAAUAGUGAGGUUAUUCACGGCUUACGGUUAUAGAGUUACUAUGCAUGACCUUUGUGAAACAUUUUCAGAAUAUAUAAAUAUAAUGUUACACUCACA